AAUCGCCCAUGGUAUCGUCUUACGGUUUGUCAUAUCACGGAUUUAAUAUGCCGUGAUAUACCUAUAUUUAUUAGUUGAUUAACGAAACACUGUCUUAUCAGAUAAGACAGAAGUGAUAUAAAAGUUUAAAAAUUCAUGGCGGAGAAUUGGUUGGAUGUGGAAAGAUGGAAGUGGAACUGGACCGAGUUAUGUGGACAUCGUGGAGGCAUUAAUCCUUUGAAUCCUGAAACCCAAGACCUAAGUGUAUGUUUCCAGCAGCUUUGUCUUCAGAUACCAGUAUUAGCUUUCAUAGCUAUAAUUUCUGCGUACCAUUGUGGAAAAAGAAAUACAUCUUCGUAUCGACAGCAGCAUGCUUAUCAUGCUAUAAACCUAAGGAUCUUAAUUACAACAUGUCUUGUGAUAUUGCCUAUCAUAAGGGCAUAUAUUAUUCUGACUAAUACUGUUAUACCUUUGGUUCAUGACGAAGUGCAAGACUACAGCACACCAGUUCCAAAGAGACUGGACACUUCCAUUCACAGGAACAUAAAUUCGUCAUUAGAGAAUGAAACGGAUGUUAUAAGCAGGAUACGUGAUGGAUUAAAUCACACUCUUAGAUUUGUUAAAUCAGUUUUGUCACCAGAAGACAGCGUUAAGGAUAUUACUACGACUCCUGCUGGAUUGUAUACCAAUAAUUAUGAGUCGGAUAUUACCGAUAAAUUUACUUCUGCUAAACCAGUGGACUAUCUCGUAGCAGGAACCGAAGGUUUAGCGUGGGUUGUGCAUCUUUGUUUUAUCUUAAGCUUGAGACGUGGACGCAAUCCUAACCCACGUGGACCAGUAUUAAUAAGAGCGUUAAUAUUUCUUUUGAUUGUUAUUUCUGCGCUAUUAUUACGCAGCCACGUCAAUAAUAAGCCCAAAGACGAUGUUUUGCCAAAUUUAUCAUUGGGAUUCAGUAUCACCAUAGUCACUCUUCUGAUAUUGUAUGCCGUAACAUUGAUACCUGGUCCUAGUAGGCCUGAACGGAUGAGAUCAUCAUUCCGAAAUGCUACAGUAGGAGAACGCACUGCAUUACUGAGUAGUCCCACUUCUUCAUACGUACAAUUUCCAGAAGAACAGGAUCCGAGCUACCUUGGCUUAGCAAUGGAAGAUACAACUAUUAUUUCUAAACUUCUAUUCCAUUGGGUAACGCCGUUAAUGGAAAAAGGCGUGAAGGGGCUAUUAAAUCAUUCCGACGAUUUAUUUGAUUUGCCCGAUCAGAUCAGUACUAAUACAAUCAGUCAUAAAAUGGAGCAACGUUUACAUAACAUGCCGAACACUUCGAAUAAUGGAAUCGAAAAUAACUCAGAAAUACCGCUUCAUUCAAACGUAAAAGUAGUUACAAGGAAAGUGACACUGCUCUACUUGCUGCAUCAAUGUUUUGGCUGGGAAUUUUAUGCGGUUGGAAUACUGAAGUUUGUUGCAGAUUGCAGCUUGUUUAUGGGACCAAUAUUAUUAAAUAAAUUGAUAGGUUUUAUUGAAGAUAAAAAAGAGCCAAUUUCACAUGGAUAUCUAUAUGCAUUGCUUAUAAUAUUAAGUGCUAUAAUUGGUGCCUUUUGUAAUACUCACUUUACAUUUUGGAUGUCUCUUGUGGGUUUGAAAUUUCGUUCUGCAAUUAUUACUUUAAUCUAUCAAAAAACAUUGCAUUCUUCUAAUACUGAUUUAAAUCAAAAUUUUAAUUUUGGUGAAAUCAUUAAUUUUAUGAGCACUGACAGCGAUAGAUUGGUCAAUAGCUGUCCUAGUUUUCAUACAUUUUGGAGUAUACCCUUACAGUUAUUCGUGACACUGUAUCUUUUGCAUAAGCAAAUUGGAGUGUCGUUUUUAGCCGGUGUUGCGUUUUCAAUAAUACUAAUACCAAUUAAUAAAAUAAUAGCAAAUAAAAUUGGUAAGCUCAGUACUAAGCUAAUGGAAUAUAAGGAUCAAAGAGUGAGGCUUAUGGGAGAGAUAUUGCGUGGGAUAACUACAAUUAAAGUUAAUGUAUGGGAGGAGCAUUUCUUACGAAAUAUCUUCAAAAUAAGAGAGAAUGAAGUGAAAUAUUUACGAGGUAGAAAAUAUUUAGAUGCACUUUGUGUUUAUUUUUGGGCGACUACACCUGUCGUUAUUGCAAUAUUAACGUUUGCAACGUAUGUAUUGGUCGGAAAUGAGUUAGAUGCCAAAACGGUUUUUACCAGCAUGGCAUUGUUGAACAUGUUAAUAGGACCUUUAAAUGCGUUUCCAUGGGUCUUAAACGGCCUUACAGAAGCAUGGGUAUCGCUUAAGAGAAUUCAAAGAAUGCUGGAUUUACCAGAUAUGGAUGCGUCAUUGUAUUAUACAGAUAUUACGCCUGAUGUUGAUUUAUUGUUACAAAAUGUGACGUUGACUGUGAACCGUCCAAGAAAUAACGAUAUUGCUAUAAAUGCAAGUCCGAAGAUUACGAGCACUCCAUCUUCAAGUACUGAUAUUAAAAAAAGCGUUACUUUCGAAGACGAUGAUGUUUUCGCUUUACAUAAUAUCAAUUUAUCUAUACGAAAGGGACAAUUGAUUGGUAUUAUGGGCAAGGUUGGAAGCGGAAAAACUUUACUGUUAGAUGGUAUCUUAGCAGAAAUUACAAAAACUAGUGGAAUAAUAGCGGUUAACGAUGAUCACAAAGGUUUCGGAUACGUGAAACAAAAUCCUUGGCUACAACGUGGUACAAUUCGAGAUAAUAUUCUGUUCGGGAAACCAUACGAUCAUAACAAAUACAAGAACAUUCUGAAUGCUUGCGCACUCACGUCCGAUUUGAAUUCACUGCCUAACAAAGACUUAACAGCUGUUGGCGAAGCCGGGAAUACUUUAAGCGGCGGCCAAAAGACAAGAAUUUCUCUGGCUCGCGCUAUAUACGCAGAUAAAGAUAUUUAUUUAUUAGACGAUAUAUUAGCGACGUUGGAUGUCAAAGUUGCCAGACACGUUUUCCAGCAUGUAAUUCUGGGCUUGUUACGAAAUAAAACUAGAAUACUGUGCACGCAUCAGACUCAAUAUUUGGUUCACGCAGAUUUAGUUAUCGAGAUGUCGAAAGGAAAAAUUGUCAAUCAAGGAAAACCGAGCGACAUAUUGCCCGACUUGGAAGAUUAUCUUUUGUCGUCAGAUUCCAUCGACUACGACAUGGACACCGACUCUAUAAGGGCGCUACCAAAUGAAUUUAAUCAAUCGGAAAAAAAUGAGAUCGAUCCAUUACUUGACAAGGAAACGACCGAGAAAGGGACGGUACAUUUCUCGGUGUACAUGUGUUACAUCAAUGCCAUAGGACGAUACUUGGCGAUCUCGAUAUUUCUCUCUAUGAUUCUGAUGCAAAGCUCGAAAAACAUUACGGAUUUGUGGCUGUCGUAUUGGGUGACGCACGUUAACGCUACGACUAAUUCAACCGACACGUCCGGACUUGGAAAAUUGCAACUCUAUUACGAUAAUUACAGUUACCACGAUACGAACUAUUAUUUAAUGGUUUACAGCCUGCUAGCUGUAUUCAAUUCUAUUUUUACUUUAAUUAGAGCUUUUAUCUUCGCCUACGGUGGGAUACAAGCAGCCGUAACAAUGCACAAGCAACUUUUAAAGAUAGUUAUGCGGGCAAAAAUAAUAUUUUUCGACAUUCAACCAGUUGGUAGGAUCAUAAAUAGAUUCUCGUCUGACACAUAUACAAUCGAUGACUCUUUGCCUUUUAUUACUAACAUUUUGCUGGCACAUCUAUUUGGCUUGGUUGCUACCAUUAUAGUUACAGCUUAUGGAUUACCAUGGAUCUUCCUCAUAUUAGCACCCCUUAUACCCGUCUAUCAUUGGAUACAAAAUCAUUAUAGAUUAACAUCGAGGGAGGUAAAACGAUUAUCCAGUAUCACGUUGUCUCCCUUGUACGCUCAUUUCAAUGAAACUUUGAGCGGCCUGACGAGUAUCAGAGCCUUUCGCACUGUACCUCGCUUCAAACAGGAAAAUGAAUUGCUGUUAGAAGCCAGCCAGAAAACGCAAUUCGCCUCCAUAGCUGCCGGUCAAUGGCUUGCAUUGAGAUUACAAUUUAUCGGUGUCGCCCUUCUAGCCGGAGUCAGCAUUAUGGCAGUUUUGCAACAUCAAUAUAACAUAGCUGAUCCUGGUUUGAUCGGUUUAGCGAUCACAUAUGCAUUGUCUGUAACGGGAUUGUUAUCUGGGGUAGUGAACUCCUUUACUGAGACUGAGAGAGAAAUGAUUGCGGUGGAACGAGUCAAACAGUAUUUAGAUAACGUGCCGACUGAGAAUAAAAUUGGCGCUAAUCCACCUUACGCGUGGCCUAGUCAGGGUGUAGUAGAGUUCAGAGAAGUCGUUUUGAAGUACAGAGAUCAUUUGGUGCCAUCGUUGAAGGAAGUAACGUUUGUCACGCGACCAGCGGAGAAAAUAGGCGUUGUUGGUCGAACUGGUGCUGGAAAGAGUUCAUUACUAGCUUCUUUAUUCAGACUGACAGAAAUUAGUUCUGGAAGUAUAUUAAUUGAUAACGUGAAUAUUCAAACGUUGUCAUUGAAAGCGUUAAGAUCCCGUUUAGCUAUUAUACCUCAAAACCCGUUUCUCUUCUCGGGUACUAUUCGAGAGAACGUGGAUCCGUUGGAUCAGUACACCGACAUGCAUAUAUACAAAGCCCUCGAGAAGUGCAAAGUACAUUCUUUAGUUUAUCGAUUGGGUGGAUUAGGCGCAACCUUGGACGAAGGUGGCAGUAAUCUUAGCGCCGGUCAGAGACAAUUGUUCUGCUUAGUGAGGGCUGUGCUACAUAACGCUAAGAUUGUCUGCAUUGAUGAGGCUACCGCGAAUGUAGAUCAAGAGACGGACAAAUUUAUUCAAGCGACGAUAAAGUCUUCCUUCCAAAGUGCGACAGUUAUUACCAUUGCCCAUAGAAUAAGGACGAUUAUGCAUUGUGAUAGAAUUCUAGUGAUGGGGGAUGGUGAAGUGUUGGAAUUCGACGAGCCAAAUUUAUUGAUUCAGAAUGCCGAUUCCUACUUUUACCAGCUGGCCAGUCAAGAAUUUUCGGAUCAAGAGUGAUUAAUAAGCAUAUGAAGCAAUUUGAUUGUACAUAUGUAAUGAGUGCGUCUAGUAUUAUACAUGGUGAUUUUAUAUACAUAUAACGCAUUGUAUGCAUGAUAGAAUGUUUCCAGAGAGACGAAUUAUUUUCCUAUGAAUAUGACAGGAUUAAGUUUUUUUUCUUAAUAAACUGAGAGAGUGAGUGACAUCUACAAGAGCGAACAUUUUUAUUUAUGAAA